CUGGUGAAAAUGGCUGAAAACGGAGAUGGUGAAAACAUGUCUAUUUUGGAAAGUAAAAUCUGUCAGCAAAUUGAGUACUAUUUUGGCAAUCACAAUCUACCAAGAGACAAGUUCCUAAAGGAACAGAUCAAACUAGAUGAUGGCUGGGUGCCUUUAGAAGUAAUGAUCAAAUUCAACAGGUUAAGUCGCCUUUCAAAAGAUUUUAGUGUUAUUGUAGAAGCACUAAGAAAAUCCAAGACUGGUCUAAUGGAAAUAAAUGAAGACAAAACUAAAAUCAGAAGAUCUCCAAACAAACCUCUUCCUGAAUUAAAUGACCAGUAUAAAGCUGCAAUCAAAAACAGAUCUGUGUAUGUUAAAGGCUUUCCACUAGAUGCAACUCUUGAUGAUAUCAAAGAAUGGCUGGAGGAUAAAGGUCCAGUUGAAAACAUUCAAAUGAGGAGAACACUGCAGAGAACAUUUAAGGGCUCAAUAUUUGCAGUUUUUGAUAGUGUUGAGUCUGCUAAGAAGUUCACAGAGAUCCCAAACCAAAAGUACAAAGACACAGAGCUGAUAGUACUUUUCAAGGAAGAGUAUUGUACAAAGAAGAAUGAAGAAAGGAGACAAAACAAAGUAGAAGCUAAAGCAAGAGCUAAACUGGAAAAAGAAGAAAAACAGAAACAAGCAGCAGAUGCUGAAAUGAAGUCUCUGGAAGAAAAGACAGGAUGUCUUCUGAAGUUUUCUGGUGAUCUAGAUGAUCAAACAUGCAGAGAAGAUCUCCAUGAUGUAUUUUCCAAUCACGGAGAAAUCAAAUGGAUACACUUUGUCAGAGGUGCAAAGGAGGGAAUUAUCCUAUUUAAGGAUACUGCAAAAGAAGCUCUGGAAAAAGCCAAAGAAGCACAUAAUGGAAACUUACAGCUUCGGAACAAGGAUGUUACAUGGGAAUUGCUAGAAGGGGAUGCAGAGAAAGAAGCUCUGAAAAAAAUACUGGAAGAUCAGCAAGAAUUGCUGAAACAGAAGACAAAAGGACGCAAAAUUAAAGGAAAAGGAAGAGGGGGAAAGAUACCUCAAGGUGCACAAAAAGGGAAAGUACAGUUUCAGGGCAAGAAAAUAAAAUUUGAGAAUGAAGAAGGUGGUGAAAAUGAUACUAAAACAGAACCAGCAAGUCCCAAGAAGAGACCACUAGAGGAAGCAGAAAAAGAAGAACCUGCACCAAAACAACUGAAAACAGAAAAUGGAGAUGGAGAUCAGUGAUACUUAAUAAAUAUAAAAAAAU